AUUAAAGAUCGUUUUCAAGACAAAAUAAACAAUAUUUUUCUUUUCCGUUUAAAUUUUUAUCUUGUUAAUUAUUGUGAGUGCGAUCUUGUAAAAACAAAUUGUUUAUUAUUUGUUAGUAAAUAAUAGUGUUAUUUAUUUACAAUCUGACAAGUUAAUAUAUGAAGUUAGAUAUCGAAGGAUUUAUUUUAAAAAAGAGAAUUGAUGGCAAAUGAUGUUUCACAAUGGGAGGACGACGACACGACGUACUCCGAUGAAAGAGACAGCGACGACAGUCCAUUACUAUCAUACAGGUAUGAAAGAAAUCGCCACGCUGUGCCUUGCAGCAACGAUGGCAGGCCGGAGAGAGAGAGGAGAUGGCAGGUGACACUGAUAGCCAGGUUCUCUCUGAUCAGCACUGGCAUGAUCCUGUUCUGUGUCCUCAUGUACAUACCGGUCUAUAAUCGCGCCAACAAUCAGCUGCCCAAAGUUGCUGUAGCAGGUUGGUCUAUUCACACGAACAGAGAUACAAAAAUAUACGUCCAACCUUAUAACGUUACAACUAUCCACGAACCUACAGAUAUAUGCCCCAAAGCUAUAAGGCAUAAAAAACAUAACCUUUUCCUACUAAUUGUCGUAUGUUCAGCAACAUCACAUUUCGACAGGCGGAAAGCCAUUCGAGAAACAUGGGGCAGCUACCAGAAUUAUCUGGCAACAUCGAAAAUAUUCAAUUCAGUGCGGGAGCAGUAUAAAAAAUAUAAUUAUACGUAUGAUCUUUAUUCGGGAAAUGACAGCUUUGUUGGGCGCAGUAAAAGAGACAUAUCGGGUUUCGCUAAAAUCCUGCCAGAGAUUGCAAAAGCUUUGCAGGAUAAUUUGGUGAGUGAGGCACCUGAAAAAAGGUUUGAUGAUGACAGUGAUGAGAAAAUGUUGCCAGAAUUUGAUAUGAAUAAAGAAUUAGGUGAUAGCACUGCCGACGCAGAUUACGACUACGAGUCUAAUAUAAUGAAAAUACCACCCAAAGGUUACGAGGAUAAUACAGAUUUGGACAAGGUCCUAUCAAUGCUAAAGGUGAAAAGUCCUCCAGAGGUGCCAGAUAAAGUGGAUUUUAAACUAGUGUUUUUAUUGGGGCUGCCAGCUAACGAGAACAACACUGAUGUCCAGGAUCGGAUAGAUGAUGAGGUGGUGAAGUAUGGCGAUAUAAUUCAGGAGGGUUUUGUGGAUUCUUAUAACAAUUUAACAUUGAAAUCUAUCAUGAUGCUGAAGUGGGUGACCAAUAAUUGUAAUGAAAGUGUCCGCUACAUCCUCAAGACAGAUGACGAUAUGUACAUAAACGUGCCCAACCUUAUAAUGAACCUGCGGAAUAGAUCGACUGUUUUUGAUGCAACUACGCCCAAGGAAGCCGAAUAUCUUUUGAUUGGAGAUCUGAUUUGUGGUGCAAGGCCCGUGCAGGACUCUAAUAAUAAAUGGUACAGCCCACGCUAUAUGUACGGCGGUCGGGUUUACCCCCGCUAUCUGUCUGGUACCGGCUACGUGUAUAGCGCUCCCACAGCCCGAGCACUCUACUCUGCGGCUCUGACGACGCACUACUUCCAUCUUGAAGACAUUUAUAUUACUGGUAUGUGCGCACUUCGCGCCACGCCGCGUGUCGUUCCUCGUGACGAGCCCGGCUUCUCGUACAGCGAGUGGGGCGGGGCCUGCGGCGUACACGGCCGCCUGUCCGCACAUCGUCUAGCGCCCGCUGACAUGCGCCUGGUGGCCGGAUUGUUGACUCACGAGCGCUACGUCGACAGAUGCGAAAGAAUACGACUAACACAGAUGCAUAGUACUCCCGGAUAUACAUACAUAUUAUAUAAGUACCUGCAGUUGUUGGUGACCAGCGAAUGUUGAGGAUCCCGCACGAUUUCAUGAGUGAAAUAAUGUAUUGCCAAUAUUGUAGAUUGGUAUUGAAUAUACAUACAAUCUAACGGGAAAUUGGAGUAUAUAACUAAUUGGAGACGGCAUGUUGUGAAAUUAGAUCUAAACUAAACGCAGCUAUUUUGAGUAGUAGCAGGCAAGCCUUGUAUGUUGGUGUCUAUUUCUUUUUUCGUUGUCUUCUUCUCCUUAUAUCUCCUCGUCCUGAAGAUCCGUGAUGAUGGAUAAUGUAAUUUACUUUAUAGCUAGAAAGCAGCAGAUAGAUAAUUGGAAGAAAUCAAACCAUUCAUUAAUAUAGGUUUGUGAAUUUUGAUGCAGUUGAACUGAAAUUCACGGGAGAUAAGCCUAAUGUUAUGUUUGUGUGCACUCCAAAUAAAAAUGUGUUUAUAUGAGAGAAAUUAAAACUGGCAGUUACACAUUCUUAAAGUUGCUUCUUUAUAUUUUAAAAUUUAGUUUGAUUUAUAGCCACCUCACAGGCUCAACUCUUUCUUUUAACGGCAAACCCUACUGUAAACAACUCUUAAGCAUCCCUUAGUGUAUCCGGUGUUCCAAUUAAAACUGCGUACCUAAUAUUUUUUCAUAUUAAGCAACCAUAUACCAACACUCAGUAAUACACAUCCCAUCCCAAGUUUCAUGUCUUUAAUAAAAUUCGAUACCUUUGAACCAAAGUGUGACAAGUUUUGUAAAAUUUGAGUAUUGAAAAUUUCUUCUCUAAGGUUUGUCCAAUAUUAACAAUUUGUAUUAUAUUCACGUGAUUUGGGUAGCCGAAAACCCCUUCUUGGGUGCCCAAGGGGCAAUUUAAUCCCACCACCGGGAAGGGAAGGGUUAAAACUUACUAAAAUCAUCACGUGAUUAAUGAAAAAACUAAUGUACUGGUAAAUGGCUAGUUAUUUAAUUUCCUAAUUAUCCUCAUAAGAAUCCAUCAGAAUUGUUACACAUGGGGUUUGAGGUAUUGAGUCCUUUGUUGUAUGUGUCAUAUGUAUGACCCUCCUGCCAUUUUGAGUGCCGAGUUUUAUUAUGUUGAUAUCUCAUUUAUACGUUAUCGAGUGCAAAUGAGAAGUGAAGACUUUUGAAGUGAACUGAUGUGUAUAUACAUCACUUAACAAAGUAUGAAAUAGCACGUGCAAGCCUGAAAAGCUUAUAUGUAAUCUACAUUUGAAAUAAUAAUUAUCAUUCAUCAGGAGGUAUUUAAGAAUAUACAUUUUGUUAACUUCACAAUUGCACUUUCGCUGAAGAGCGGCACUGCUAACCCUCUAACUAGAUUCGGUUUAAGUUUAUGUCAAUGUUCUGCGGAAUAUCAUUUGUAAAAACAAUAAAGAACGAUAAAAAUCCCACGUCAACUGAAGUAAAUUGAGUAAAUAUUAGUUAUUACCACGGACGAUUUUCAUAACAGUGAAGCACUAAAACAAGUCGGUAAACGAGUAAAUACAUAGCCCCACGCACACACUUACACUAAUACAAGCCGAUCGGCCACCAUUAUGAGAUUUGCCAUAGUCUGUGACAUAUCAGAUUGCGUCGCAAUAAAAUAUUUUAAAAAUACCGUCGUGCGUUGUGAAAAAGUGUAAAAACGAUACUAUAAAAGUAUUUGUGGCCAUAUAUCCGCACACACACUAGCCUAACGGUGCUUCACUUGUUAAUAUCACGGCGCGGAGUUUUCUAUUUACUCGUCCGUGGUUACUACAUGCAAUAUUUACUUCACUUCAAACUUCACUUCACAUCUGCACUUGAAAAUGUUUUAAUUACCCGCCAUCACUAGUGUAUCGUUUAGUAUUUAGGUAUUAUGUUUUAGAUGUUAAGUGUAUACCUCGAAUACAUAAGCAUAACUUUCUCGCUCAAAUUAUAAUCCUACAAUAUUAUAAUCUCUAAGCGUUAAUCUCAAAUGCCAAUUAUAGUAAUUUUAUUAUAUUACUUGAUUAAAUUUUAAUGGGCACGAUGACAAAUUUUGGAUUUCUCAUAUGUUGCCUUCAAAAAACUUUAUUUCCGCUGAAAAACUAAUGUAUUUUUAAAAACGCGAAAACCCGCAUAUUUUAUUGUACUUACAUAAAAAUAAUGAUGUACAUGGCAAAUCAAACAAAGAAAUAAAAGGUUACUGGCAUUUCAACUUUUGCAGAAUCGAAUGGCAAAUUGCUCUAUGGCAAAAUUAUUGUGAUGUGACGUUAUAUUUUAAUAUGGACGUGUAGUCAGAAAUAUUAAAAUCCUUCUACCUUUUUUUUGUUAUAUGUUCGAUUAUUUAGAUUAAGUAGACUUAGAUUUUCAUCAUAUUUUUAUUUACUAAAUUAUGACGUAAUGCCCCAGCCUAGUGAAACUCUGUAAGAAUAAAGCGAUUCGCUCGAUUGUAUGAAACGUGCAGGCAUUUAUAGAUUGACAGAUGACGGCUAUAAUCUUGUAAAAAACGGAGAUAGCUGAAAUCCACUACGUUUGAAGCAACUGUUCGCUUUCAAACUUAGCCGGAUUAUACUUCGUCGCCCAAUUGUAAUUUCUAUUUCAAACUUAUGUCAAAUGACAGCAUGUUUCAUUAUAAACUAAAUUGUAAUUUUUAUUUAGGCAGUCCCGCUUAUUAUUACGUACUAUUUACAAC